CCCAUUGUCGCAUCCAACAUUCAUUAUUCACAUUUGUGUUUGGUACUGUCAGCAGCAGCUGAUUAAUCUUAUUUUUUUCCGCAACACUGCUGUUGCUUGAAUCCAGAAUUCUCCGCGGCAACAGGAGAAAAGGAUUCGACUAAUCAAGCUUUCUUCCAAUUGAAUUUUGUAUGAGUCUUUUGUCUUGGCGACUACAUCGGGAAAUGGCGACAGAUUCGUGCGAGGACGCCAUUACUGGACUUCAGAAGCUCCUUAGUGAGAAGGGAGACCUCGACGACAUCGCCGCCGCAAAGAUCAAGCAAUUAACGGCGGAGCUAGAGGCAAUCGCUCCCAAACAAUUCAACGCGGUGGAGAGGAUCAAAACCGGCUUCGCUCACUUCAAGAAAGAGAAAUACGAGAAAAAUCCUGCGUUGUAUGGUGAACUUGCUAAAGGCCAGAGCCCCAAGUUUUUGGUUUUUGCCUGCUCUGACUCCCGGGUCUGUCCUUCACACAUCCUGAAUUUCCAACCAGGGGAAGCCUUUAUGGUCCGAAACAUUGCCAGCAUGGUCCCUCCAUAUGACCAGACAAAAUAUUCUGGCGUGGGGGCGGCUAUUGAAUAUGCAGUAUUGCAUCUGGAGGUGGAGAAUAUUCUGGUAAUUGGGCACAGUCGUUGUGGAGGGAUAAAGCACCUCAUGCAUAUUCCAGAUGAUUGCACAACUGCCAGUGGCAGUGAUUUUAUUGACGAUUGGGUCAAAACCUGUUUACCCGCAAAAGACAAGGUGAGAAGGGAGUGUAACAGCUUGGACAUCGAUGAACAGUGCACCAAUUGUGAGAAGGAAGCUGUGAAUGUCUCGCUGAAAAAUCUGUUGACAUAUCCAUUUGUGAGGGAGCGCGUGGCGAAAAAACCCCUAUCCGUAAAGGGAGGGCACUAUGACUUUGUUAAGGGCUCUUUUGAGCUGUUGGAGUCUUGAUCUUGAUUUCGGCGUUCAUACUUUAUAAUAUGGUUUCAAAUUCUCCAUUUGAUGAUGUUAAUUAUAAUUAGUUCUGUUUGAAUAAUCUCGGAUGGGAUAUGAAAUGUUGUAAUUUUAAGUCAAGUUUAAUCAAUGUUAAAUGCCCAGCUAAACCCUAAAUUGAUGAACAUUUCAUUGUCAAACUAACUCCCACGGUGGCUCUUGAAAAUUAAGGGCUUUGUUUUGA